AAUUUUAAUGAUAGCAAUAGAGGGUUAAUUAUGUGAUAUGUUCUUCUUUAAUUGUGUGUUUGCAAAUUUGUCAUUGAAUAAAAUGGCGAGCCAGGAGAAGAACAAUGAUAAAAAGUACAUGUUAAAGUAAAUAGCUAGAUUGGCGAAAUAAAGUUUUAUGUUUAAAAGCAGCUAUCAUGUCGAUCAUAUUUGUCACUGGUCAUUACACCAAUGACCAAAAGUUGGCAAUCUAUUUAUGUUAUUCUAUCUCGAUGUUGUGCUUACUUUUGACUUUAUUCGUUUAUUUACUAAACUUAAAGCAGUUGAAUUUGAUUUUAGAACAAAGACGAUUUCCUUUGCGAAAAACACGAGCAUGGAUAAUUUCCAAUCUCUGCCUUGUUUUUCUAAUAUGGCAGCUACUUCUCACAGUGUACGUAUCCAGGCAACAAGAAUUUAAAAUUGAAAGCAUGACUACGUUCAUUCUCAUGAUUUUUAUUCUCUAUUUUUCAACUUCUUUUUAUUGUUGGUGUUUUGCGUGGUCCUUGAAUACGGUUUCUUUGGCAAGAUACCAUAUGAACAUGUCCGACACUAAUACGUUUAAAACUCGCGUUAUAUCUAUCGCUUGUUAUGUUAUCCCAGUAUUGUUCACAGUCACAUGCACAUUGAUAGGGUAUUAUACCAAUGAUAAAGAGCUUAGACUAAACACGGUGUAUCACACGCAAUCAAAAUGGAUACUAGUUUCGUUUGAAAUUAUGGUUAUACUUGGAAAGCUCAGUCUUAUUGGUUAUACUUUUAAAAAACGUAUAGUUGUUUUAGCGAGAUUGAAUUUUACAGGGCAAGAAAUUUUGAACCGAGUCUUGCAAACAAAUGCGCUCCGUAAUGGUAGUAUCUUUCAAGUGCUUCUGUUAAUAACAAUUGUACUUGAUGUCAUAACCGUAGCAAGAGACGAAGUUUUUCUUCCCAACUUGUAUGCGUACAUCACCGCCCAAACCAUAAUGGCGGUACAUCUUUUGACAUUGGUGACAUUGCUACAUGACAAGAACUUUCGAAAACCUUUUCGGUAUCAACGGCAAAAAAAAAUAUUGGAAAAUAGAAGAUUCAGGCGACGUUCCAGCAAGAAACAGAACGAGAGAAGCAAAAAUAUAUCUGUCAUAUACAAGCCUAACUUGGAAGAAAACAACCAUAACAUUGUAAUAUAUAACACAACAAGUAAGCUAUAACGAAUGUACCUCUC